AGUUGCGUGCCUAUCGCCCGACCACCGCGAUUUGCUGAACGUCUUAAAAAUAUUUAUAAUUGAAACAUUUACAUUUGUUCGCUAAUUUUCCCAUUGCAUUUAGCGUGGUCGCGUUAUUAAUACAAUAGCAGUGCCAACUAUACGUGCGCUGCACCCACACACACGCGCGGGCGAGCAGAGUUUUGUUUACCUUUUUUUCCCGUGUUGGAUAUCGAGAAGUUUUUGCUGCUGCAACAUAUGUACACGCACAUAUGUAAAUAGAUAGGUUUAUGUAUGUGGCAGUGUGUGUGCGUGCAUAUUGUAUAUAUGUAUAUAAAUAUAUAGUGUGUGUAGAAAAUGGCAUUUAACAGUGAACAGUUAAGUUAAUGCGCAACGAUGCAGAUGCCGUCGCCUGCAGUUGCUGCGCUGCCCACCAGGUGUUUAUUUUAAGAGUGUGGCCCCAAAAAGGAAAACAACAACAACAACAACAAAAAGCAACGAAACUAAACGCAAAGAAAAUCGUUCGCGAGCUGUUCCACAUGGAAAACGAGCCCCAAACAAUUGGCUUUUCCCGCUCCCGCAGUUGUAGUUGUUGCUGGAUAUGAAUCUGAAUUUGAAUCUGAAUCUAAAUCUGCAGCAAAACCAAACAAAGAAUGGCCUGAGCCGUGUUAGCCUGGUCAAAUCGCAGAGCAGCGCCAAGCUGAGCCACAGCAAUGAGGUCGCAACAGCAACAGCAGCAGCAGCAGCAACGGCAACAACGACAACAACUAGCUUACGCGCUGCCAAACUUAAGAUCGAGGCCAUGCAACAGCAGCGCGGCAGCAGCAACAGCAACGGCAGCAGCAGCAGCAGCAACAACAACAGCGGCAGCAGCAACAUCAUUCUGCUGCGCGGCACUCGCAACGAGAAUGGACAGAUCAUCAUACAGAACAAGCAGGAUAUACUCAGCCUGCUCAGCGAACAGCAGCAGGAGAAGGCGACAGCCCUAACGCUCAAUCAGCUGCCCACCACGACAACUGUGGCACGCAAAACGAUUGUCCAGAGCAACGGCAACAGCAGCAACAGUAGCAACUGCAGCAGCAGCAAUGGCAGCAACAUCAUCAACAGCUGCAGCAACAGCAGCUCGGGCAGCAUUUCAAUUGUGGCCAGCAGCGGCAAGGACACGAAUACGAUCCUGCUGCAGACGCCCAUCAAUGCAAGCCAGCUGGAGAGCGUGCUCAAGGCGCAGGUGAACAGCAGCAACAGCAACAACAAUGCCACAAAGCUGAUCGAGCGCCCCUUUAUGCUGAAGCAUGCCUCGCGCAGUCUCAGCUCUGAGAGCAAUUGCGACAGCAAGUCGCCGUUUGUGCUGCAAACGCUGAAGCGUUUGGAGAAAUCACAGUCUAUACUAGUCAUACGCAACUCGACGUCUGCCGCCAACAAUACGCCGCCGCUGCAGCUGAGCAGCAGCAGCAGCAACAGCAACAGCAGCAGCAACAAGAGCAACAACGCCAACAGCAACAAUGUGACGCAGCAGACGCAUCUGCUGAGCGUUUCGCGCAGCUCGAAGGCGCCCAAAGCGGUGGCUGCUACGUUGCAGAAGCUGAAGGCGCCAGCGGCGGCGGCAGCGGCAGCGGCGGGUGGCACGACUAUUUUGAGACUGAGCAAGAGCGUCAACAAGCAGGUGGCAACAGCGACAACAACAGCAGUAACAGCAGCAGCAGCAGCAGCAACAGCAACAGCAGCAACAACAACAACAGUAGCAGCAGCAGCAGGAGCAGUAACUGUUGCCACAACAAAUAAACUGUCCAUGGAGCAGCAGCAGCCGCAAACGAAUGUGCCACUGGGGAACGAUGGCGAACCUAUCAAACUGCCCGACAAUUUGGAGAGCCUGCCAAGAGCCGACAGUUUCCCAUCGCAGCGACAUCGUUGGAAUACAAAUGAGGAAAUCGCAGCGAUUCUUAUCAGCUUUGAUAAGCACAGCGAAUGGCAAUCAAAAGAAGUCAAAACAAGACCCAAGAGCGGCUCUCUGCUGCUCUAUUCGAGAAAGAAAGUGCGCUACCGACGCGACGGCUACUGCUGGAAGAAGCGCAAGGAUGGGAAGACAACCCGCGAGGAUCACAUGAAACUUAAAGUACAAGGCACUGAGUGCAUCUAUGGUUGUUACGUACACUCGGCCAUAUUGCCCACAUUUCAUCGCAGAUGUUACUGGCUAUUGCAGAAUCCGGACAUUGUUUUGGUGCAUUAUCUGAAUGUGCCCUAUCCGGAUGAUAAUAAAAUGGCUGUCAUUGCGCCGAGCAUAACGCUCUGGGGCGAUAAGAAGGAGUGGACCAAGGAGGAGCUGGUUAGUCAACUAAAGCCUAUGCUGUCCACAGUUAAUUCAGAUGAGGAUUCUGAUUCCGGCAAUGAUAUUGAGAUAUCGACGGCCGAAACAGUAGAGUCUAUUGUAUGCCAGCUGAUGGAGAAGCAACGUCUCUCGCGGCAAGCGGCGUUGGUUAAGCAACUCGACUGCGGCUGCGGCGAUGCCAACUGUGCGGAUGGCAAGACCUGCACGCAUCCCGUUAUGCGUCGCACAGGUGGCAUAUUGAAGAGCGUCUCAGAGAAGCGACCCAAUGACGCCUACAGCACAGCCAACGGCACGCCCAACGUUGUGGUGGCCAGCAAGCUGUAUUCACGUUGGUCGGAGCGACACAGGCAGCGCGAUGCCACGUUGCAUUUGGACAACCCGCACGCGCAGUUCCACAAUGCCACGCAGCAGUUGCCGCAAGAGUCGGCGAUCAAAUUUCAAAUCAUUCCCCAGCAGCAACAACAACAGCAGCAGCAGCAGGCCAAUCACAACGAAGGCAGCUAUCAGCAGCAAUAUCGUGGCGCCAAUCAGAUGCUGGCCACAAGAAACAAUCUGAUAAUACAACAGCAGCAGCAGCAGCAGCAGCAGCAACAGCAACAACAACAUCAACAGCAGCAGCAACAACAACAAUAUCAACAGCAGCAGCAGCAGCAGCAGCAGCAUCUGAACUUGCAGCGCUUCGUAGCUAGUCACAAUCAAAGCAAUCAAAGUCAUAAUCAACUCAACAACAACAACAACAGCAAUGCUAGCAACACCUCAGCACAUUUAAAUCAUCGCCUGCAAAUUGCCAAUACAACAAUAACGGCAACAACUAGGGAGGCGGCAGCAGCAGCAGCAGCUGUAGCUGCAACAACAACAGCAGCAAAUGUCAUGGAUACGGAGCUAAUUGAAAACCAAAGCCAGCAGCAACAGCAGCAGCAGCAGCAGCAGCAGCAGCAGCAACAGCAACAGCAGCAGCAGGCGUCUAGCAACUAUAGCGUCAACAAUCAGGCAACUGAUGCCCAAAUUCUUAAUGGUUGUGCCAACUACAGUGCUUCCAGUGACAACAGCAGCCAAAUUAGUGACAGCAACAACAACAGCAGCAGUCGCAGUCGCAGCAGCAGCAACAGCAACAACAGCAACGACGAUGAGCCCCAAGCGGAGUCAAUGAGUUUCUUCAAUGAGACAUUGGAUCUAUCGCACGAGGAUAUACAACGCACGCUCAUUGCAAACAUGCCCUAUAGCAACAACAGCAACAAUCCAACAGCAGCAGCAGCAGCAGCAGAGGACCCAGCGACAGCAACAAUAGCUAGCAGCAACAACAACGAAACAGCUCAACAGCAAUCGAAUGAACGUGAGGACGAGGAUACGGCUGAUGUAUUUGCCAAUUUGGAUGCCUUUGAUAUGCUGGUUGAGUUUCCAGAACUGGAUCUGGAUGAUAAGCAGGCAUUGAAUAAUACAGCCGUCGAGCAGGUGCAUCAUCAAGCCGGUGGCUCCUACCUAGCCACGCCCCAGCCCACAAGCACGCAGCGAAAGCUGCUCAACAUUUGUGAUUUCAGUCCGGAAUGGUCCUACACAGAGGGCGGGGUCAAGGUGCUCGUGGCAGGUCCUUGGACGAGUGAUGGCGGCUGCUACACGGUGCUCUUCGAUGCGCAGCCUGUGCCCACGGUGCUCGUCCAGGAGGGCGUUUUGCGCUGCUACUGUCCGGCACAUGAGGCAGGUUUGGUUACCUUGCAGGUGGCUUGUGAUGGGUUUUUGGUCUCCAAUGCGGCGAUGUUUGAGUACAAGUUGUCGCUGCUGGCGGAUGCGCCAUUCGAUGCCAGCAGCUCCAAUGACUGCCUGUACAAGUUUACGUUGCUGAACCGUUUGUCCACCAUCGAUGAGAAACUGCAGCUGAAGCUGGAGAAUGAGCUCACAUUCGAUCAAACUUCCCUUUUUCUUGAGCCCAACUUUGAGGAGAAACUGGUGCUCUAUUGCCAUCGGCUCACGAAGCACGCUUGGAGCACGCCCAGCACUGGCGCCAAUUGGAGCGUUGGCUUGCGUGGCAUGACCCUGCUUCAUCUGGCCGCCGCCUUGGGCUAUGCCAAGCUGGUGGGCGCCAUGCUCAACUGGCGCGCUGAGAAUCCACAUAUCAUAUUGGAAACGGAGCUGGACGCACUUAGCCAGGAUGUGCAUGGCUUUACGCCCUUGGCUUGGGCCUGUGUUCGUGGCCAUUUGGAGUGCACUCUGCUGCUCUACAAGUGGAAUCAUAAUGCGUUAAAGAUCAAGACGCAGGCACAGCAAACGCCACUCGAUUUGGCCAGCUUGAAGGGCCACAAACAGCUGCUGCAGCAGCUGUGCCGGCUUGAGAAGGAACGCUGCCGCAAGCCACAACCACGCGGCGGACUGGCCAAUCUCUCCAUGAAUCUGGGCGUCGAGGCGGCCACUGAUGAGUCCAAUUAUAGUGUGUACGAGAUGGAGCUGCAGCGCAGACAUGACGGAGUCUUCCUACGACCUGUGGCGCUUCAUAGCAAUCAAAGUCCGCCAAAUAACAGCAGUCGCUACUCGAAGCGCUCUUCCAUCGACAGUGGCAUCAACAUGGAUAUGCGCAGCAAAUCUGGAAAGCCAUUAGCUAGAAUGCACGGCAACUAUGAGACACAUGACAACUAUGCUCUGGGCGUGGAUUCCCCUUUGGACUCGCUGAGCGGCAACAAUUGUUCCGGUCUGCUAUCGCCGAUGCGUAAAAUGGAUUUCGCUCUAUGCGAGGUAUCCACGGGCGAAUCGAGUCCCAUACACGACAAAGACAUCGAUUGCGAUGACAAUUCGACGAGCGUGACUGACACAACUUUAAAUAAUGAGCUCAACGAUGCGGUCGUAGGGGACUCGGAUGCAAAAGUUUUAACGCUAGCGGAACAUAUUAUAGCAGCUAUGCCAGAUAGGAUCAAGAACGAAGCGCAUGAAAUGAUGGUCUUGGGCAGCCCUUUAACGGAGCCACUCACCUCGGAGUCGUCGGCACUGACAGAUAGCUUUAUGGAUCCGCUGCUCGAUUCGUUGCCCAAUACGCAUUUCGAUAGCGAUUUCAGUUUCGAUUUUCAUGAUCACAGCUAUCGAUAUCAUGAUGUGAGCACUCCUUGCUCUAGCCUGAGUCCCGCCAGUUCGGGUCCUUUGCAAUCGCCGGCUAGCUAUUCCAUACUCGGCACAGAUCCUUCGGUCAGCUCACCUAGUCCGCCGCCCUCAACUAAGCAAUUGACGGAGUUCCUCCACGCUUCCAGCAUAUCGCAAUAUCCCUUCGAGGCAGACUUCUCGAAGCUAACGCUCACAGACACCGAACAGCGCGAGCUCUACGAGGCAGCCAAGUGCAUACAGAAGGCGUAUCGUUCGUACAAGGGCCGCCAGAAGAUGGAGGAGCAGAAUAAGGAGCGUACCGCUGCAAUCGUUAUACAAAACUAUUAUCGUCGCUAUAAGCAAUACGCUUACUACCGACAGAUGACCAAUGCAGCUCUAGUCAUACAGCACGGCUAUCGGUCGUAUCGGCGCAACAAGCGCUUCAAGAAGUCCCAACUGGGCACUGGCAGCGAACAGGGCAGUGUGAGCAGCAAUUCCCAAUGCCUGUCCAGCUUUUACGAUCACUACAAGCAGGAUCAGCAGCAACAGCAGGAGCUCAGCUCACAGCCUAGCACGCCCAAGGAGACGAGUCCGUCGGGUCCCUUGAAGCGUACAUAUUCGCAGUCGACACAAAAUCAGGCGGCCAGAAAAAUACAACAGUUCAUGAGACAAUCACGCAUCAACAUUUGGGAUAGCAAUUUGACGACUUUGACUACAGAGAGAGCGAGCCGAAAAAGAGAAGCUGGUGCACCAACGCAGGGCGGAAUACCUUCAAAACUUGCAGUAUCAAGGGCAACAGGAAAUGGCAAUAUGCCAUAGUGAGAAUAGCAACAAUAACAUCAACAAUCUGCAACAUAUGCAAUCCAAUCAAUGAGAGAGAAGCGAAAAGAGAAGCAAAAAAUAUAUAUGGAAUAAAAACUAUGUUCAAUAAGAAUUUAUUAAUAGCUUUAACAACUGAGUGAAACUUUCUACUUUCAUAAUUGUUUAUUAAGACACGCAGCACCUCUUGUAGUGGAAUUUUUCGUUUUUGACUUGAUAAUACUUAUAUAUAUAUAUACCUAUAUAUAUAUAAAUUAUAUAUGUAAUAGCAAGAUCUGCACUUUUAUUCAUUUGCAUAACGAAUUUUAAUAUAUACACAUAUAAAACGAUUGAUUUUCUGAAACUUUGUAAAACGUAGUUUUAGUAUUUUAUAAAACAACAACAAAAGCAACCAAAAAAUCUUCGCAAAAGAGAUAUAGAGAUAAAGAGAGCUCUACUUUUCCAUUUGUCAACUCAAAAGAACUUAUUAACGAAGCCUUCGAAAAACUUUUUAACUCCAAGUGUAGCAAAAGAGAUUUAGUCUUAAAUACUU